ACUCCCUCUUUGUGGACGUCGGAGCAAGACGUGGCUCUCCCGGGCUGUACUAUCUGUCAUAUUUGGAUCUCAACAGUUUCGAUGCUGAGCACGCCUGCAAAACAAUCAAUGGCCGCCUUGCGGAGAUUGACACGCCUACGGAGCUGAGAAUUGUGAGCGCCAGUUUGG